AUGCCGCGCAACUACAUUAUAAAAACUACUCGACAAAACUGGAGUGAGACUUCGAUGCAAUUGGCACUAGAUGCUGUAAAAGAUGGAAUGGCUUUCAAAACAGCUAGUAGACAGUUUUCAGUGCCACUAAUGGCGUUGAAACGAAGAACCAAAGGAAAAAAUAAGCUUGCUGUGGGUGCGGUUAAGGUUCUGGGUAGUAAACAAACUGUUUUUACCACCGAACAAGAAGCAGAACUUGUCAAACAUAUAAAAGACAUGGAGAUAAGAAUGUAUGGACUGACAAAAACAGAAAUUCUUUCUCUAGCUUAUCAAUUAGCUGAGAAAAACAAGAUAAAACAUCCAUUUUCAUCCAAAAGGGAAAAAGCUGGUAUUGAGUGGCUAAAAGGAUUCCGAAAACGGCAUCCAGAUAUAACUCUUCGUGCUCCGGAAUCAACAUCAGCCGCUCGAGCACGUGCGUUCAACAAACCUGUUGUUGAUAAAAAAAAUUCGAUUUUGAAAGACACACAAGCGAAACAUUCUUUUCCACCGUAUAGAAUAUUUAAUGUCGAUGAAACCAGUUUAUGCACUGUCCCGACCAAAAAUACAAAGGUGUUUGCUCAAACUGGUCGUAAACAAAUGGCUAGAGUCACUUCAGCUGAAAGAGGUGACACCACAACAGCAGUAGUUUGCGGCUCUGCUACUGGAAACUUUAUACCACCGAUGUUUAUAUUUCGCAGAGUGCGAAUGAAGAUGGAGUUGAUGGAUGGUGCACCUCCCGGUUCCGCUUAUGCAUGUAAUACGACUGGCUGGAUGAAAUUGGGUGUCUUUGAGCAAUGGUUUGAUCAUUUUUUAACUCACGUGAAGCCUUCAAAAGACGAUCCAGCAAUGUUGAUGUUGGAUGGCCACCUCUCGCAUACAAAAAAUUUGAAUGUGGUGCUAAAGGCGCGAGAAAAACAUGUGCUUAUUAUGUGCCUGCCACCGCAUUGCACCCAUAAACUCCAGCCAUUGGACGUUGCGGUCAUGUAUCCUCUGAGCAUUUAUUAUAACCAAGCACUAGAAAAAUGGAUGAACAAUAAUCCUGGAAGAGUAGUGACUGUUUUCCAAGUAGCAAAAAUUUUUGGAGAGGCUUACCUAAAGGCAGCAACACCAUCAAACAUUAUUAGCGGAUUUUUAAAAUGCGGAAUACAACCGAUAAACCAAGAUGUUUUCAGCGAUGUGGACUACGUAGCUGCAGAGACGACUGAAGUGGAAGCGGAUACAGAUAUUGCCGAUUCGGAUGACUCGUCUCAUUCGGUUUCUGUCUUACCAUUGUCUACAUCCACUGAAGCUAUGCAAACUAGUGAUGUUUCACAAGUGUUGAUUCCAAUGGAAACGGAUGAGGCUUAUGCUAUACCUAGAAAUGAGCCAGCAACGCCAUGCCCUACAAACGAAUCUUCUCCUAGGCAGACUGAAGAUUCUUCUGCUGUGCUUUCCGUCAUGCCACCAUUACCAUGCCCUCCAUUGGAGUCAAAUGCAACAGUACAAUCUUCAUUGUGCGAAUCUCCUCCUAGGCAGACUGAAAAUUCUACUGCUUCGCUUCCUGUCAAGCCACCAGCACCGUGCCCUCCAAAGGAGUCAAGACCUACAGUACAAUCUUCAUCGCAGACUGAAGAUUCUACUGCUUUGCUUCCCAUCAUGCCACCAUUAACGUGCUCUCCAAAGGAGUCGAACGCUACAGGACAACUUUCAUCGUGUGAAUCUUCGAUUUCCGCCAUGACACCAUUACCAGUUGCUUCUGUCGAUUUGCCUUCGACAUCAUUUGGAUGUUUCGCACCCCGUGACAUUCUACCGUUUCCAAAGAUAGAAGGAAAAAGGAGUAAAAUUAUUAGAAAAAAAGUUGACACGUCGAUACUUACUAGUACACCCUAA